AAGCAGAAAUGGAGCAGUGUGCGGCGUGUGCGUGUGACGAGCGUGUGUGUGACCCCGCUGUGCCGGCUGUCAUCGGAUCGAGGAGCUCGAGUUCCCGGCGUCAGAGCGCUAUCUGAAGUUCUGAGCAGCUGCUGGCACGUGUCGAAACCGAUUCGAAAGACGUCACAGAGGAUGCCGCGUUGUUGGACCCUCCUUGUGGCUCUGGCGCUGGGUUGCAGCGGCCAGAUGCAGCAGCAGCAUGCGCAGAUGCAUCAGCAGAUUGGCAUGCACCCACAGCAGGGUGGAGUGCCCCAGAUUCAGGUCCCGCAGAUGCAGAUGGCGCAGCCGCAGCAAGUUGGCUACCAACAGCAGCAGGUGCCGCAGCAGCAGCAGUUUGGUAUGCCACAGCAGUCAGGCUAUGGGGCGCCGCAGCAAGGGAUGGUCCCCCAGCAGCCAGGCAUGGUCCCCCAGCAGCCAGGCAUGGUCUCCCAGCAGCCAGGCAUGGUCCCCCAGGUGCCAGCAGGCAGCAAUUUGAUGCGCGAGAAAGCGCAUGUCCAGGACCGGGCCCACAUCCAGGAGCACCUGAGUGAAAUGCUGGGCCCCAACCAGGACAUGAGCAAGAUGAGCGAGGAGGAGUUGCAGUUCCACUACUUCAAGCUGCAUGACAAUGACGACAACAACAAGCUGGAUGGCCUCGAGCUUAUCAAGUCCCUCAUUCACUGGCACGUCGAGGAGAGCAAGCACUUGGCCCAGCAGGGCCAGCAGCAGCCCACACCUCACGGCACCACCAAGCUGUUCACUGACGCCGAGCUGCAGUCCAUGAUUGACCCCAUCCUCCAGAUGGACGACCGCAACCGUGACGGCUUCAUUGACUACCCCGAGUUUGUGGCUGCACAGAAGUCCCGUGGAUUCUAAGCACACCUCCCACAAUUAACUUCUUGAAAGCCGGGAUGUAUCGUAGUGUGCAGAGUGCAGGACGUUGGGGCGACAUGAUGAGUGGCACAGGAUCGACAGAGCAGUUAGGGUGGUCCCCCUUAUGCUGUUGCCUCAUUUUUUGCACGGCUCUAGCCAUGAUUCUCAUCCAGGUGUCUUGUGCACCACAAGCUUGUGCACUUGAGUUGACAAAUCUCGUACCGUUGCUUUGUUAAUUUGGCACCGUACUUUUUUUUUUGCUCGAGCUAUGAUUCUUAUGCUGAAGUCUCGUGCGUGAUGUCCUGUUGCACUUGAGUGGACAAGUCUUGCACUGCUUUAUCGUAAAGUUUGCAUAAGGAGCUGCAGAACUGCAGGGAAAAUGUGGUAACUAGCCAUGGCACAUUUGCUAUGCGAGUUGCUUUGACACUGCUCACAAUUUGCCAAUGUGUGCCGGCCAUGGCAACUGUCAAGGCAUGGCACAUAACAUGAACAUCACUUCGACCAUCAUGGCCGUAAGCUGGUAAACUCUUGCUAAGCGUUCGUUGUGUACAUUUGUUGAGAACUGCUCUUGCAUUUCUGGCUUUCGCACUUCUGAUGAGCACAGGCAGUAACCUGCAUUUUCAUUCUAACGGCUUUGCAAUUGCUGCUGUUUUGUUUUCCCUAACAUUUCACUACAAGGCGGCAUUUUGCGCUCUCCCGUUCUUUAACAGAACACUUGGCUUGCCUGCUUUUGGUGGAAAAAGAAAAUGAAAGCAUCAUUGUAUGCACAUGUUGUCAUUGUUUCUGCCACGAUAGAGACUGGUUUCAAUGCCUCUUGGCAACUAACACUGCAAGGCAAACAGCAGUGCCAAGUGGUGUAUUGAAUGAUGUGCAGCGAGAAAUGUACCCUCAUCUUUAAAAAUUAAAUGAAAACAGGGCAGCUGUAAGCACGAAAUCUAGGGGUGUGUGAAUAUAAAAUUGUCAAUUUCACAGUGAGUUGAAAUAAUGAAAACCAACUGCGAAUUGAAUAUCUUUUUAAUAUGAAUACCAUAUAGCUCUUGGGAAAAUUCAAUUUUUUUUCACCAACCAGAGGGACAAAAAAGAAAGUAAGUUUAUUGCACAGCAAAUAACAUACAGGAACAUUAGGCUUUGUGGUUUUGCUUGGCUGUAUCACAACUGCAGUUAUUUAAUGUCAUUGUGAGAGAAGGACAGCUGCUCGACAUGUUUGGAGAGCAGCGACGCACUCCUGCAUUCUCCAAUUCCUUCAGACACCAAAACUCGCUGGGCAUACUAGUGUCCUGGUAUCGAAAUUUGAAGUAUUUACAUACUGCUAACAAAAUCCUUUCAGAGUUGGAACAAAAAUGCAGGUCAUUGCACUGGCAAAUGGCAUACCAUUGAGGCACUGUGAUGUUGUUUGUAUGCAUAGUCGAGUAGUAUCGAGAGAUGGGCAGCAAAACUAGUGUUGCCCUCCACAGGGAGUGUUAUCUAAACCACAAUGUGGUUUACUCUACUGAAGGCUUAUCAUCCUGUCUUGCACCCAGGAAACGCAUGUGUGAAUGUUUAGGCUGUGCGUGUCACUAAUGACUGGUGUCUCCACUGUUUAAUACUUUCCAGGACUCUUCUUAGCUUAUGGAAUUAAUUCUGUUUUGAGUAACGUGUGACAGUCCCUGCAAUGUGUAACCUCAGCUUUAUCGGUUUGUUGUAAGCAUCCUUCGCAUUAUACCACUUCCAGAUGUCUGAAUCAAGAAUGUCGAUCAGCACAUUUUCUUUUUCAUGUUAAUUCACUUGAAGGGGUGAAGACUAAUUUUCUGCCAUGUCCUUGAAUAUUUCCUGCAGUUCAAUUAAGACUGCCUAAUUAACUUGAUUUUUAUUUGUAUCUGCUUGUUGCUUCUAGCAUUCUCUUCAUAAAUAUUAAAUAAUGUUGGUCGAGCAUAGUGACGAUGGCACUGCUGGAGCUAUGUUCAACACGAUAAAAUCCUUGUGCUUACUGCGAAAUGGGGGUUGGAACAGAAUUGUUUUUGCAUUGAAAGCUUUGUGGUGUAAAAUCACGGGUGCUUAGAUGUUGAAGAGUCACUGUUUUACAAAGUAGGAUCUGUUCACCCGUGCAUUGAUAGGGGCAGACUAUUCAACAAGGAACAGUUCUAUAUGCAACUGCUUUAAUCUGUUGGCCUAGAAUUAACUACACUCAAUGCUAGCUUGAAAGAAGACUUAUUUGAAGUAGCUACAAAUGUGACGCAAAGAAAGAACAGCAGCAAAGUCCCAUUGUACUAGUUUUACAAAGCAGAUCACGGUCAAGUGCGCACAAACAAGAACAAAGUGAGAAGUAGACAACACAAGCGCUUACUGGAAGUAAGCGCUCGUGUUGUCUACUCCUCACGUUUGUGUGUGCUUGACCGUGAUCUGCUAUGCGUAACAAACUAGCCCAAAAGUCUGUGCUCUUCAGUUUUACUAAACCUUGUUUCAUUCAAAGCUCCAUUCGGAGUGAAGGCAGUGCCACCCAGUGGUGGCAUUCUUUUCAGUGUCAAAACAGCAAACAUAUUGAGUUAAAUGGCCUUAACUUAUUUUUAUAACACCAGCACUAAUAAAUUGCAGUGACGAGAUAACAAUCCAGAAAUCGAGUGCAGUGUAGAAUUCGGUGUAUACAGCUUUAAAUCUAUGCAUUUCAGAAAUGGUUGGUAGUGUGUAGUGACACCAAAUUUCGUAUAGCUUAGCAGUUAGCGAUCAGCAUUGUUUUUGACGUGUAUGUGCAACUGCUGCCGUGCUAGCGUUCUGAUUUUGUUGAAAGAAUAUUCACUCCUGGCUUUGUCACUGGAGUUUUCUCAUCAUGCUGUAGUGCCCAUAUAGGUUCUGUAGGAAUGCCUGUGGCGACUUUUGACAGAUCCUUUACAUGCCUUGAGCACCUGACUAUGAGAAUGUUAGGGGUAGCAACCGUGCAGCAUCUUUGUCUUACACCCAUGUAUAAUAAUGGCUAUUGUGGUGUGCAACUUUUGAUGCAUGUGAUCCAUUUUCUUGUCACAAAUUUUGCUCAGUCACAUGACUUUGCCAAGUGCUUCUUCUACAUCCCUGUUCUGAAUUUGGGGCUGUAAUUACUUAGCAUCACUUAAAAGUCAUGCUUCUGUUCUCUGUGGUGCAAGUGUGUUGCGACGUGCUCCCUGAACUAAUCAGCAGGCGCACACAACUCGGAAUUGUCGGUACCAGUGUUUUGGCAUGCAGAUCGUUCAAUGUGUAUAUUAUUAAUUAACAGUCAGCUGAAGUUAGGGGUUAGCAUGAAAGUGGUGCAUGAACUAUCAGCCAAGCUUGGCCAUUGCAUUUCAAGUCUGUGAUUCACCAUUAAUGUGCAUGGUAAUCAUGAAUGUUGCAGCACAUAUUGAAGGGAAUGCACUUGAGAAUUAUAAUACCUCCAUUUUAUUGCGCCUGUGUACAUAGCAACUUGAAUGUAUAGUGUCUAUGCUAAUGCAUUUGUAUGGUUAUUUUGCGCCCUUGCUUGUAAAGAAAGCUUUUUACUGGUGUUCGCAAGUAUUUUUCUCAAGACUCGGCUGUUUUGUGGUGACUCUUUAGCAUGCGCACACAAUUUUAACCAGCCCAUCAAGGGUCGAAGGGCUACAUUAUCAGCAGUGUACUGGUUCAAAAUGCAACAACACAUUGUUCAAACGUUGUAUGCGAUGUAGGGAUGUUUCACAGAUUACAUGGACAGGUUCUGAUCUUUAAUGCUUGUCAGCUGUAUGCAUAUCAAUAUCUGCUGGCGUGCUACAAGCCUUAAGCUGGAAUGUUACACCUAGACUGGCAAUUUUAGUGUCACUUUGAGCUAGCGUAGUUUGCUUCGCUGAAUGCCACUUUGAUGUUAAGGGGGUACACAGCAAAACACUGUCAUUCGGAGGUAAUGGCAGUAGCAGUUUGGUGGUACAAAAAGCACUCAAAAUUGUUCUUAUUUGUCCUUAAUUUUGCUUUUUUUUUUCAUUAUAAAAGAUGCAUCUCAACUGGCGCUGAAAGAAACUGCUGAGACAGGCAACGCCAUUGCGUGCCUGAGAUGCAUUUCUGCAAUAGUACACGUACACUGUCGUCCUUUAUGAAAGGGAACACGUGAGUGUGUGGUCUGCACUCUGCAGCGACUGCCUACAGCGCCAUCAAAGAAAGAAUGUCCGCUUUUUGCGUCAUCUAUUCGCAAACAAAAUAAUGACCGUGCUCACGUACCACGCUCGAUUUGUUGGUAGCAGACAACGCGCUGCAGGCAUCGCUCGUUGUGCGAGCGGAGAGGAAGCGCAAUCUAGCCGCGCUUGUCCGCCGGCCAUGGCUCUUUAUUUUGUUUGCCAAUAGAUGACACCAAAAGCGAGCGUGCUUUCUUUAGCUGUCGGUUGAGGGCGCUGUAGGCAGCCGCUGCAGAGCGCAGGUCACGCGCUCGCGGGUUCCCUUUCAUAAAGGACGACAGUGUACUGCAAAAUGCAACCAGUGCUGAAGUUCAGCAAUAGGAAGUGCAAGACUGUUUGUUCUUUUUGUCGAUUGGAAUUGUGCUAGCACAAAAGUGCCAAGCUCUUCAGUUGCUUUUCCUGUUUUAUUUUUUUACCUUUUACAAGUGCUACUGUUAAGACAACAUACUUUGUAGAACACUCAUUGUUCUGAUGGUCUCCACAAUGAGAACCACCACUCACUUCGGACUGCAGUCCUUGAUCAAGUGACACUCUCUGAACAUGACACUGAAUUCACCCAUCCAACAGAUUUUCGAGAGAAUGAAGCUGGCUGUGUUUGUAUAUGCAAUCGACAACUGCAGUUUGAGUGCAGCAAUACAUUCCACAAAUCAUGGAGGUUGUGAUUGAUAAUAACUGUGUAGUGUCUAGCAGUCCCUCUUUUGUGACACAUUGCAUGUGUGAAUCUCGGCAAGUGUAUACGUAAAUUUACUUUUACUGCCAGCAACAUUGAUUUAGUCGCUAGUAUCAUAUGUGUUCUUUUUCAUUCUUUUUUCUCACAGUUUUCAUUUUCAAAGUUGCUCAUGCCAAGUUUACCUCUUCUUGUUGUAGUUUCUUGUGGAAAUUGUCACACUUUUUUGCUUUGGCAUGAUUUCAUGGUACCAACACUGCACAUCAUGUCACUAGUUAGUAAGGUUCUUUUCGCAUUACGUAAACCAACAUUGGCUGGCGGUGUUCAAGUGGACUGGUCACACUGAGCAGAUAAUGACUGCAGUUCCUCAAUAACGUGCUUGUCAAUCGAGCUUACUGAUUCCUCAAGCACUGAAGCAGUUGUCAGCGUGGUGGCUUUUGCAUUGCACAAGUGGAAAGAAGAUUGAGUCGAAAAUAAAUUUUCUUUUGGGUUAUGUUGUACACAUUAUGAAAAUUAAAGGGGUGCUGCAAGAUCAAACUAGAAAGUUUGUUUUAUGGGUAGUGUUGACUACCCAAUGCAUUCAAUGAAAAGCUCCACGUGUCUAGUGAGCUGGGAGUGUGGAACAUCAUUAAAUGUUUCAUUUGCCCAAUAAAGCAUGCUUUCGUUUUUUUUCA